AUGGACAUUCCACCUCAUACGACACCGCACCUACCCAGCUCCGAGUCACACACUAUCGUUGGCUCCCCUCCUCUGAUACCAGUCGCCCCGGUCCGGCCUCCCAAACCAGCGCACCUCAGCUCGGUGCGAAACCUCGCUCAGGUGGGGGGCGUUCGUCAUCGUGCGACCAACUCGGAACUGGACGUCGUCCGAUCUGAAGCAGCUGGACAGAAGGGUCAACUACUAGUCGACGAGUUCGCGCUAGGGGCUGCUGGUGCUCGCACUGCUUAUCCACAGAUGCCGAGAUGGAGUUUGAGCUCCGAUACUUGGUCGAGUAGGUCCGGUACUGUCUCCGAGGUGACCGAGAACGAGGUCUGUGCGUCGAAUCUCGGCAAGGAGGUACAGAGUAAAGUCGACGAGCUUUCACUAGGGAUGAUGGGGUGUUUCAAGAGCGGCACAAAACUCGAUCGUUCCAAGGCAUCGCCCACGAUCUUCUCCAAGCGCGAGAUCGAAGCGCCGACGCUCCGCCGCUCAGCAAGCUCCUCCUCCUCGCCUCCCGCUUCGAGAUCCUCCGAUUUUUCGACCCUUCGACCCUUGAUACCGACAUCUCAAUACCCUUACUUCAACAACCUCCCCUCAUCACCUUCCUCUCCCUCCCCCUCCCACCCCUCAGCCCCUCCCCUACAAAAAGCCCUAACCCAUCACCCCUUCCAAGGCCACUCUGAAUUCAACGAACUUUCCUUCUCUAAAGGUGAAAUUUUAUUCAUCGAGUUGGAAGAUUUGGGCGGGGGUUGGAGUUUGGGCUUUAGGGAAUUGGAGGGGGUCGAGGGGAGGGGUUUGGUACCGAGGGGUUGGUAUGCUUUUGUUGAGGGAGGGGAAGGGGAGGAGCGAGUGGAGGGGGUGAUGGAGACGGUGGGGAGUAGGGGGUUGGAUGGGUUCGGUGAGGUUAUUUCAGAAGGUGCGGAAGAUGAAGAAAGAUCUACGCGCACGGAAAUAGGGGGACGUCACGAGCAGGGGUUGAAGAAGGAUUCGGAUACACCGACUGUGGCGACAUGCGAAUCGAAUGACCACCUUGUCGACGCGCAUGAGGUCCUUGCUAUACUUCAACCAUCCAACGGCUUGGACCCAGAGGCGGCAUGGUCAGAGAUGAUCGCUCAAGCUGAACGAAACGCAGAGGAAGGUAUGGAUGGGCUGCGCGAAGAAGCAGAACAAAGCUCGUACGAAACACCGGUGGACAACUUAGGAGCUAGCGACCGUCCCCUCCUUGACUCCCACCAGCCUGAAGAACCACCCGGCAUCGAUCUGUCAUCUCCCAAGCUGUCGCUUUCACUGGAACCGGAACCGGAACCGGGGCUCUUGGUGGUCAGUGAACUCGUCUCGGAGCCAUCACCUUUGACCCCGUCUCCUUUGGUUCCCAAAACUCGAGCGGACGCCCAGAUCUUCGAUUGGAUCUUGUAUGGGGAGGAGGCGACGACGAAGGAAAUAGAUGAUGCUGAGGAGGUGCAACUGUUCCAUAUCGAGGUGAGAGAAACUUUGACCUGCAUUUUGGCUCUUUGAGGAAGAGUCGACUUACACAUUUGGCCGGUGCGUAGUCUGGACCCGCUUGGAAAGAUCCUUUACCAGACCUAUCGAUCCGCGUCCACGAUCCUGAAAUAUUCCAUCCCCCUCGAGGCUCAGCCUACACCCUCUAUUCAAUCACCACCAAUUUUCACUCCGACCCCAACUCUGCCGACGAAAAUCCCCUUCCACCCCCCAUCACCAUCACGCGUCGUUUCUCGCAUUUUGUCCACCUCCAUACCCUUCUCUGCUCUUCCUACCCCAUCCUCGUCAUUCCGGACUUACCGAGCCGCGCUUAUGCUCGUCGAUUCGAACGAGGAUUCGUCGAGUCUCGGUGUAGGGAUCUACAAAGAUGGAUUAGGAGGGUUGUGAGACAUCCCGUAUUGAAGGGGACGAAUGAACUGAGGGAUUUCUUGAUGCUUGAGAACGAAGAAGGGGUAAGGUUUCUUCGGUUCGAAUCGGUUCGGCGCAGCACUCCCGAAACUGACGGGGAUUCCGUACAUUAGAAAUCGGAACACCUUCUCCUUUCAGACCAACAGUUGGCCGUUCUUCCCGGUCCAAGUUUCUUCUCCCGAGUUUACCACCCCGAAUACAACAUCGAUAUUGAUGAAGCUCGAGAGACGAUCGAAAGGUUCGAAUUGCACGCCAAGGCCGUCGAGCUUGGGAAUGGAGUCAAGGAGGUCGAAGUUGGUUUGGGGAACUAUAGGGAGGCGGUCUUUGGUACGUCGAUUCGUUGUGUUUUUGCCUUCGGAAAUGUUAAGGGAUCUUGGUACUGAAUUGAGCGACUAAGCGUGCAUUAGAUGCUGCCCAGAUCAUAUCUUCCCUGGGUCGAUCGCUCGUCCGACUCGUAGCAGGACGCGCAAUCCCACCCCUUUCUCAAGAUCCAUCAUCAUUCCGAGCGCUUCAGGGGAUGUCAACCUCUUCGAACGAGCGGGCCAAACAGUGGUGCGUCCAAACCGAACAAGGCGCAUUUUCAUGGAAGGAGUCAACCGAGUCUGGUGAGUCAAACUAAAGUUGCGCUCCCGGAGACGAUUGAAAGUCAGUUGACAAAGUUUUCAUACCAUAUUGCAGAGAGCUUAAGCAUGACAAAGGCCGUUCAAGCAACUGGGGAAACUCUGAUGACGGUGGGAGAGGUCUGGGAAGGAUCGGUACGUUAUCCUUUAAAGCUUGGGUCUUCCGGAGACGUGAGGCUGAUGCGUGCUGCGACGAAUGACAGGCACAGGACAGCCUUUUGAAGCAACAAGAGAUGCUGAAGGAGCUGGACCGUCCACAUACGCAAUACCUCGUCAGUACACAGAAUGUAUUUAUUCUUUCUCCGAUGAGCUCACAACUGUCCUUUCCUCGUCACUAGCCCCUAGUCGAAACCCACCGCCUCGUGCUCCUCGAACACGAGCGCCUAUCUCGUCUCAUCGAUCAAUCCACUAAAGAAUCCGACCGCUACCAAGAAUGUCUCUCGAGAUGCGAAACAAUCCUCAACAUCACAUGCGCCGAACUAGAGCGGGUCCACGUUGAGAGCAGGGAGGAUUUGAAGGAGCUUGCGAGGGGUAUUUUGGAGGGUCAAAUUAGGGGGUGCGAGGAGGUGAGUUGCUGCGCUGUUGUCCGGAGACGAGCUUGAAGCUCUGCGCAAAAGUUGAUCACACCUUUCUUGACCACUUUGAAUAGGCACUCCAUCAUCUCCGUUUCGCCCAAGCGCACUUCGACCCUCCACAGGCCUACGCGGCUCUAGCGCUCACCGGACCUCGACUCGUUUCCAAGCUCGAAGAAUCUUCCGCCCCCUCCGUCUCCGGCCCCGAGCUCAGACGAGAGCUGAAACAGCCCAGCUCUUACACCGGGUUGCCAAGUGGGGCUUCGUCAGCUCAGGGUGGUAGGGUCUUGACGAGACCGAUUGGGAUGGUCGCUGGGGCUGUGGCGUCGGUGACUACUAGGAGUAGGAACCCGACGCCGAUGGGUCUUCAAAGGAGCAACACGGCCGGAACGGCCUAUAGACGGGCCAGGUAUGAUGACCAUGUCGCAGCGUCGAGCUCGAAGACUUGGACUCAAAGUCUGUUUAUGGGUACAAUCGGCCGUGGUUAA